CUCUGCUGUGAUUCAUCACCUUCUUCUAAAGAUGCAUCCUGACUUAUCUCCACACUUGCACACUGAAGAAUGCAACAUCUUGAUUAACUUGCUAAAGGAAUGUCACAAAAAUGUUGUUUGCAGUUUUGGGCUCUUUUGAAUAAAGAUGCUAUGGACAUUACUGUACAAGUGUUUGUAUGGACAGUUUUACAUUUCUCUGGGGUAAAUACUUAGGGAUGAAAUGACUGGAUGAUGUGAAUCAGCCUGUCGAUAACUUUACAGUGGAGAAACUUGGCAAAGAGCUUCUUACCCAGAUGAUCAAAGUUACAUCAUCAGCAGUAGGAGAAAUUUAUAUGUGCCUCUUGACGUGAUACACCAAAAGGACACAUCACUUUUAUAGUAUUUCUGCCAAAAAUGCGUAACUUGAAUGUAGUCAUGAAGAAACACCAGUCAAACCAAAAUGAGGAGCAUUCUGCAAAUUAACUGGCCUGUACUCUUUAAAAUGUCAAGAAAACAUACCUGUUUAGAGCACAGCUUUCUGAAGUUUUUUGGUCAUUGCAAUGAUCUUGAUCGGCAGAUGAGAAAAUGCCUGAAGAAGGAGUACGUGGAGAAGAGGGCCAAGAGCAGGGAGCGUGGCGAUGCGAUGCGAAAGAGACUUUUUAAUCCUCCACAGGAGUCUGAAAAAUGAAUUCUGUUUCACUGGGUGCCUUGGCUGAGAGAAGACUGGAAGACUCUUGGUUGGUAGAAGAAUCCUAUUUUAUUUGGCCCCCAUGAUCCUUUGACUGGAAAGUGUGACCCACAUUUGUACUUGAAGAAAUGGGGGAACCCAGGAUCCUGGGUAUUUGUUGAAUGGAGCCUGUAGUAGUAGCAUUCUCACCCCACUGCCAACAAACCUGACUUCUAACAUGUUCCCUUUGUCCACAACCAGCUAACAUUGUGUAACUUAACCUCCUUCAAUAAAAUAACUUAUUUUAAUCA